AUGUCUGAACUCUGUUGUUCUAUUCGCCCUGUUGCUUCCAUUUUUUGUGAAGCAUUGCUCGUAGAGAAAAUUCUCUCCUUUACCCAUGUUUGCGAUUGGAUUAAAAAUCAACCGCCAUUGAUCAAUCAAGUAUUUUAUAAUGUUUUCAAUUCCGAGCACUUUGCCAAGAGUUAUCUUGUUCAUUCAUUGUUGAAUUUAAAUGAUGAGCAAGUUAAGCUUUUGGAGGAACGAGUUGAAAAUUUUAAACCUAUUGUUAGCACUAUUUCAUUCGAUGAUAUUGGUUAUGGUGAUGAGGAAUUCGAUCCAUGUCAGAUUGGUCAGCAGUCAAAUACAAGUCCAAACUAUUCAUCCAUGCAGGCUGUUUUUAAGGAAUAUGUUGAUUGUUCUUUAUUGCCAAAGAUAAAAUUGAAAAAUUUAGUUUCACAAUAUUCGAUUGAGUGUGAUGACAAUGUUACCGAUUCAAUGUUAAGCAGACUUGGAGAUGAACACAAAGCUUUGAGUCUACGAUUGAAAAUAUUUGAGGAGGUCUUUACAGAAUACUAUGAUUGUGAUUUAAUCAUUACAGAUAAUGGUCAUAGGUAUGAAAUUAACAAUGUUUCAAGAUUUUGGAAAGGUGGCCCACUGAAACAAUUAUUUAUCAAGUCAAUCACACCAAUUCGAGAAAAAUUUAAUCAUGAACAAGGAGGUUUUAAUAUUGAGACGGUCAUAUUCAUGGGAUUUGGUUAUCCCUUGAAUAUUAGCUUUAGAGGAGAUUACGUUGUUCAAAUAGAUUAUGCCUACUUUAAAGAAGAAGUUUCCAAUGGUGAAAAUCAGUUAUUCUACGCUGAAACUACCUAUCAUCUAUCCACAUAUGAAACUACUUACUCAAUUAUGAACAAUUUUCUCUGUGUGAAACAAGAUGACAUACCAAAAGAAUUGAAAGUUAACAAAGUUUACAAUACACUACUCUAUCAUUGGUUUAGUCCAUUCCUUCUUGGAAAGUCAAAAAUGAAGGAUGAAUUUCGUGAGAAAUUGCAAGAGUCUGAUUUUGAUCAACCUGCCAUUUACCUUGAUUCAUUCAUGAAAACAAAUGAAGAAUGUGGAAAAAAACGUAAAGCAAGUGAAUCCACAACAAAAUCAAAGAAAAGCAAGUUUUAA